AUCGAUGACGUAGUUUGCACACUUGUCACUAGAUGGUGCUGUUUGUGCCGUCGCAUAUCGCCGCAAUGUGUGCCAGUCGCAUUUGUGAGAAUUGCGAGUCGAGCGAGUUGUGUCGUAAGGUGUUGCGGCUCUUUUUCCAUGAUUUUCGGGAAAAUUGUCGACCAUCAGCGUUUACCGUGUGCGUAGACAAGACUCGUUUAGGAUCGCAUCAACGACGAUUUAUUUGAAUACAACGAUCGCACAUCUGAUCCAACGCCGCAUUUCGAUGUAACGGACAUUUCCGGAAGGCAGAUCGACGUCCGUUUGUGGAAUUUUUGGCACCGACGGCUCGCCAUUCAAAAGAACGUGAGUCACGAAAUCGCAAUAAACGCCGCGUUUAAUUUUGUCCAAAACUGGCGAAGUCAACUGAAUUUGAAAGGUAUUUUUUGUAUCAGUUCACAUUUAAACAUGUCAGAAGAACAUCAGUUGUCUUCAGAUUUAGAUGAUGAUGAUGAAGAUUAUGUUCCUGAUGGUGCUGAGAGUGAUCCAGUAUCAGAAGUAGAAUCUGAAGGUGAUGCUGAAAGUGGUCCUGAGAAUGAGAAUGAUGAAAACAAAAAAGAAACUGGACAAAAGAAAGGUGCAAAGAGAUCUAGAAGUCAAAAGAAAACUACAAAGCGUAGAAGAGGUUUAGCAAAAGCAACUGAAGAAGAAAAUGAAAAAGACUCUAAAGAAAAAGAACUCACCGAAGAAGAAGAAAAGAAACGUGCAGAUUCUCUUUGGGCUGAUUUUAUGAAAGAUACAGCUGUUGUGCCAAAAUCAAAACCACAUAAUUCAAUCAACGGAUCCAAUGAAAAAAAACCACCAUCAACACAAAAACCAGAAGUCCAGGAAAAAGUUAAAAUAACCAAAAUUUUUGAGUUUGCUGGUGAAGAAGUAAAGGUUGAGAAAGAAGUGCCAGUUGAUUCUGCAGAAGCCAGAUUGUCACUUUCUGCAGCUGACAAUUCUACAAAAUCUGCGGAAUCCACAUCUCCAGCAAGCAGAGGUCGAGGAAGAGGUGGCAUUAGACGUGGUGGUAUCUCCUCAGUUCUGGGACAAAUUGGAAAGAAGGCUAAAAUUAGUACCUUAGAAAAGUCCAAGUUAGAUUGGGACAACUUUAAGAAACAAGAAAACAUAGAAGAAGAAUUGACUACUCACAAUAGAGGCAGGGAUGGUUACUUGGAGCGACAAGAUUUUCUACAGAGAGCGGAUUUGCGACAGUUUGAAAUCGAAAAAGAGCUACGAAAUUCGGGCAGACGCAACACGCGGUGAAUUUGCAUUUCUUUUCGUCUUACAUGUCUUUUUCCAAAAUCAGAUUGUAACACGAUAAUACUAUGCUAGAAAAUAUUUACUCAGCGACUUGCCGAACUCGAGCGUUGUUUGCACCACAACAUUUAGCCUAAUUAAUUACUUAAAGUUUUGCGCUUUUGAGUAAAAUGCGAAAAGAAUGUUGCUCCAUUUGACUUGACAACAAACUGACUACGCUCGGCGGUCUUUUCGAAAAAGACCGAUCAUUCCAGUGUUUUGAGACUAAUUCCUCAUGCGUACGUAAUAGCUUAAUUUACUGUCAGCGAGCCUCUUUCUUGGCUUGAUGAUCGCAUAAAAACUUCGCAUCGAAGCAGGUUGUUCGAAGCUCUUGACGCUUCUUGAAAGAAUUCUGUCCAUAUGUAGAAUGUAUUUGCUGAAUAUUUUUUUAUUUUUAUUAUUUUUUUUUUGUUUCAAUGAAAUGCGAUGUGUUUGUGUACGUGUAGAAAGAACUACACGAUGUCUUGAUUAGUCAAAAGAUGAGUACGAUGGAAUAUAUGUGUUUAGGAGAUAUAACGAUAUCGAUUGACCUCACUCAUGAUCACUGCCUCUGGCAAUUCAUGCGGAAUACAGUACCAUAUUUAUAAAUGGACCUCGUAAAAUAGACAUGUAAUGUAAAGUAUUACUUUACUAUAUUAUAUGUUGGAAUCGUGACGCGCCGAAUUUUGUAUGUCUUAUGUUGUAUAGGAUUAAUUAUGUAUGUUAUUACUUCAAUGUAAUUUCUAGACAGCAAUAUCCACAUAACACAUCUGCGUGUAAACAUAGUAUCGAAUUAAUAACAAUAAUCUGCAAUGCAACUCAGGUUACAGUUUUCACAGUAUAUCGAACUCGAGAUAUGUUUUAGCAUAUCUUCACAGGAUUACU